CUGUUCUCAGUUUCAAAAGUUGAUUCGCUAUGGAACUGGACAUGGGAUCAAUUACUUGAACCGAUAAAACACUACACCCAUGCCAAGUUAAAGCAUAAGAAACUCUGUUACGAAAAGGUACUUACCUCGGUGGAAGGUGAAAAUGACCGGCAUACCUACUAUUGCCGGUCAGCGUGUGACGUUGGGUCGAGCAAGGAGCCGAGUCAAACAAGUACCUGCACCCCCUCAAGCACAAAGUACAAGCCCAAACCAAACAGCGCAAGUCCUAUGUUGUCCCAUGCAACGAUAGCAUCAAAAAGCACAAGCACAAGUACAAGCACAAGCUGGAAGAAAAAGCCCACCGCUCAACUCGAUGAGGUGAGGUACCUUCCACCUCUGCUUGGUACCUACGGGGUGGGCGCCCCUUCCCCCGAGAGCUCCAGUGGUCCGGAAGAACGGCGCCUGAUUUGCCCGCGUGCAUUGAAUGCUAGGGGACAUGGCCAAUGGCAUCAGGCCAGAAUCUGGUUUACGCAACAACUGGCCCUUGAAGUGGAUAUUCAUGGAUCUUUACUUGUAAGGAAUCCAGCCGGACCAUGUUCCGAGUCUCUUUGA